CACUGACGUAUGUUAUUAUUACUAAGUAAACUCAAACUCUCCUCCUCUACCUUAGACCAAAUUCAUCCAAUUAUCUAUCUCACAUCCGUUCCUGACAAUGGACCGGACUCUUCCUAAUUGGUCUAUUCCUCCAGCAACCGAAUACGGAAACAACAACGUCGGAGAUUUGACAGAGCUACCUAACGAUCUUUUCGUCCUCAUAAGCUCUUACCUCUCACCGCAAGACUGUAUACUCUGCCGCCGUGUGAACCGAAGAUGGUUAACAGCUUUCACCAACGUAGAUAUCUCACGGAACUUCAUGAGAUGGCACUUCCCCCGCUCACGCGAGGCACGCGGAGCCGCUGAUGAACUCACCAACAACCCUGAUUGGGCAUGUGUAUUCGCACGGGUGGCACGGCGGUACUACUACUUACGGUCCGCCAAGCCACGACUUGUCGAAAAGGUCAAUAUUGUCCAGGAGACUGGAAGCUUCAAGGGCUUGUUUUGUGGUGUUGCCCCUUGGAAUCGCUGGCUUAGGUGGAAUGAGAACACGGCUGUCUUUCAACAUAGAGACCCCACAUGGUGCUCUGACAAUGGAUUAUUAGUCUAUCAAGAAGCCAUCUCUGGGAGCUGCGUGGCAUACGAUCUAGAAACACGGCAUCGGUUCCCUGUCCCUUUUGAUGUGUCUGAUAAAACCGUUCGACGAUUGCGACUUGCCUGCGAAGUUCUAGUCAUCGAGUGGUGCGAACGCGAGCCGUACCAUCAGCUUAACGACCAGGAAGGCGUCCAUCGCCAUUUUGCCACGGCAUUCGAUCUACAGAGGCCCACGCCUUCGUCGCCCGAGUUCCAUGUCACAUGGGAUAUUAAACACCGCUCCGAAUGGAAGAUCCAUUUCCUUGGUCUGCCGCUCAACAACCACGACCGUUUCUUCUCUGUACAUACUUCUACCCAUUAUGCACUUUACCUCUGGCAGCCAAAUCGUUCGCCAUGGGGAGAAGAAGACCCCUUAGAACAGCUCACAGUUUGGAAUAUUUCUAAGCCGUCGUCUUACCGUCCGUCACUAGAUCCUAGCGGGGUUGGUAAACCCGAAUCCGGUUCAAGUGAAGAAGGGCCAUAUGUCAUCAAUAGGUUCACGUGGCGCGAUUUAGAAUACCUAGGGCUAAGGCAACGACAUACGCCCUCGCUUCGGGAGAUUCUACUUGAUGAUACUAACAUAUACGUACACGAGGAGGAGCAUAGGUGGCUUGUAGGCCAGCACUCGAGCCUUUCCCCGCCACGACACCACCUUGUGCGAUGCACGGGCUUCCCCUUUUUCGGCAGUGGACCUCGUUGGGUUGAUGAGUGUUGCGCCGACGGCAAUAUCCACAUGAGUUUCUGCCCACGGGCCGGAUCGUUGUCCCGUGUUCUAAGAGUGGACUGGCCGACCGGUCUUGCGAGCGCGCCUUGUUGGCGACACGAAGAAUUCCCGUACCUAACCGUGAGCGAUAUAAUAGAUGGGGGAGCCGGCGUACGCGUGGUUGCCCGCCAGUGCUUCAUGAUGGAGGCAUUAUCAUCCUUCGUCCUACCCAAGAUUAGCGUUCAAGAGCAGAGCGAGGACGAUGGGGAAGAAGAGUUGUCUGAGGUUAGAUUCACAGAUGAAAUGUGGUGGGAACUUCUGGGGAAAGGGAAGAUAGCUGGGGACGAGCGGUGGGUUAUUGGAGAAGAUGGAGGUGGAAAGGUAACCAUUGUACGAUUUUGAUACGGAAGCAUUCUAAAGAUCAGGUCAUACAUAAAUAAUAUUACUUAAAAUAUUAAAAGAAUUAAAUAUAAUUAAAAAUAGAAAAUGAAUAAAUUUUUAUUAAAGAGGUAGAAUAUUAAAAAUAACGUAUACAUAGGAAUAUAAUAAAACUAAGAUAUCGACACCUGUGUGAUUCGAACACACGCCCCCGAAGGGAAUGCCUACGCUGUUUCCAGUAACUACUGGAGAUAGCAGGGCAUCGCGUUAACCACUCCGCCAAAGUGCC